AUUUUUGUUCAAGGAUAAGCAAGUUGAGAAAUGCUGAACAUCUAAUGAACCAAAUCAAAACAUAUUCUAAAAGCAGACCAAAAUCUGUUGCUAUACAGGAAAAAGAUGACACCAUAUUCGAUGCAUCUGAAUCUGAAAGUGAUGAAGAUUGCAAUGAUGAUGUAGAGAUUCAAAGAAUUAAUCAGCCUAGAAGACGAUCUCCACUAAUUGGCGGAAGCAUAAUGAGACCAGUAAAAACAGCACAAUGUAAUCGAAGAAAUUUGAAGUCCACAAAGAAAGCUGGACACCAGUCAACUCCAUUGAAGAGGAACUCAUUAGAAAUGCCACAACAUGGUGUAAAGAGAACAAUGAAAAACAGUGCAAAUAUAAAGCAAAUGGAUAUAUCAAAGGACAAAGGGAAAUUGAGUAAAACUCAGAAAGAAAGAAAGAAGACAAAAUUUUCCUGGUCCGGAAGUGAUGAAAGUAUUGAACUUCUGCGCAAGGAUGAAGGAAUGACAUGGCAGCAAAAAAUUUCAUUCCUAUUACCAAAAAUGCAUCAAGAAUAUGUCAGUGAAGUUCCAGACAUUUACAAAGGAAAAAAAGAAGAGAUGAACAGACUGUUGGUUAAUGUUAGUGCUGAAGAAAUUACUGAAAAUCCUGAAACAUUUGAUGACAUUGAUGAUGAUGACAGCGAUGAAGAAGAAGAGGAUGAUGAGAAUGAAUAUACCUAUACUUACACCUGGGUGACUGAAUCUGCUACUCAAACAGUGCAAUCAACUGUACCCAGUUCGAAGAAAACGAGUAAAACAGCAAAUUCCAUACAACCAUAUACAGAAAAUACCAGUAUCACUCAUAUUGAAGCAAACAGUACUGGCACAUCUACUCUGAAAAAAAUUGUUGAAAAUAAUGGGAGAUCCAGAACAGGAAAGCUAAAAUUACCUGAUAAACCUUCUCAGCCUACCACAGUGAAGUCAGAAUGUGAGUUUAUAGAAAAGGACAAAGAAGGCAUUUCAUUUAAUCAAAAAUUGAACUCGACAAUUCAGAAAAAUGCACAAAACAUCAAAGAAUGUGGCUUUCCUGUAGAUUUAUCAUCAAUAAGAUUUUCUCAGGGUAGAUCAAAAAUUAUUGAAAAGACACCAAUUCAACAAAGAGAAGAGAGGACACCAACUAAACAGAUAACUACACUGCAAGUUUUGGAAGAGUUAAGGGCACCAUCAAGACCUAAAAAGAAAAAGUUUACAGAUAAACAACUUAGUUCUACAAAAAUGUUUUUGUCUGACCAUGCUGCAUUUGUAGAUAUGGUACCAGAAUUGUCAACAAUAAACAAAGUUUGUGGUAAAUCAGAUGACAGUAUUGAAAUGACAAGAGAAAAGUCACCGUUUAUGAAGAUGUGUAGAACUGAAUCUCCAAUUACACCUUUCAUUUCACCUAAGACAGAUAAGGAGCAAGUGUUCACUAGCACACCAACUAAAGAUAAAAAUAAAGAAAAAGAAUUUCCUCAGUUUGAUCUAUCAUCAGUCCAGUUACCUGUGUUUGAUGAAGAUGAACUUGAAUUCUACGAGUCAAGAGAAGUAAACUCACAAGAGAUUGUUUGUGAAUCAAUUGAGGAGGAUGUGGACAUCCCAGAACCAGUAGUUCUGGAGAGAAAACCUAAUAAUGGAAAAGAGGCAUCUGUUCUCAAAGAUGGUGAAAAUGGUACAGAAUCAACAAAAAUUUCUCAAAAUUCUACUGUCACACAUCCAAAAGAUCUAAACAACAAUGAUGGCUCUAAAAACAAUUCAGUGAAUGAUGGAAAUAUCAGUGUUGUUCCUUUAAAUAUGUCUUUAGAAGUAAAAACUAAGCCUGUCACAUCCAAUAAGUCCAAGUCGAAAGAUAGAAACAAAGAACAGUGUUGCAUUGUAGCUCUAAAUAUUCCAGUUAAACCUAUAAAAAUGAGAUCAACGUGCAAUAUAGAUUACAAAGAGGUUCUUAGAAAUACCCCUGUUGAUUGUAUACAAGCCAUGUUAUACUGAACUUGACACGUUCCACUUCUGAAAUAGUGCAACAAGGGGAGACAAUUACUCUUGAAUAAUUUGUCAUAAAAUAGAGUUAGGUUAAAAGUUAUUCGUGUAGGGAUAAAAUGUUUUAUUGUUGAUUUUGUGCCUUUUUUAUAAGGAUCACACAUUUGAUGUAGCAGUGAUUUUGAUAAAUGUUUUAAUUGUUAUAUAAACAAUGUUUUAGGUUACAGUGAUGCUAAUUUUUACAAGAAAAGUGCUAAAUUAUAAUGUAUUCAUGUAAAUAGAUGUUAUUGUUAAUUUCAAUUGUAUAUUUAAAAGAAUUUCAGAUUUGUGAUAAAAUUGUAUAAAAGUCAAUCUAAUGUUAAAUGAAAAACAAAUAUGAAAAAUUCUAAACAAUGUUGCUAUUGCUUAAAGAUGAAAUGUAAAAAAGACUUUGUUAUUAUCCUGUGAUAAAAUUUGUCAAAUAUUAUAAUUUGCAUUUCCAUAAGAAUGAUAAUUCAGGGAUAAAUAUUUUCAUGAGAUACACAAUACAACAAUUUUUUGACUACCAGUUUAUGUUAAUAUUUUAGUAAAAUAUAAUAUGUUAUGUUCUUAGAAAACUGUGAUAAAAAAGAAUCUGUGAUUGAAUAGAAUUAGAAAUAUUUGCCAUUCUGUGAUUAGCUUUGGUGCAACAAUGAUCUCAUUUCAUAUAAUAAAUAUCAUUUAUAUA